ACCAGAAUCAUCUGAGUCCUGACUUACCAGUCUGCUUGCCAGACUCUCUCGCUGUUAAAGAUAAGUGUGUUAAGCUAUGCUGACCGUUCUGUGGGAGCUGCUUCCUGACCACUGAGUCUGGAGCCAUCUCUCUGUGUGACCCUCACCAGUCUGCCCAUUUUCUGUCACCCAUCUCUAAUGCUAAUCUCAACAUGCAGAGCCUCCAGACUCCCAUGAUUAACUCAGAAAAUUAUAUACUCUACUGCUCUUUCACAUACCUCCUUUAAUGCAGUUUGUAUGUAUUCUGUGGGUAUGAUUUUCUUCUUCUGUUAGUCCUGUCAUUAAGCAACAAGUUCUUUAAGAGUAGAGAUUGUCUUCUCCCAAUUUAAGUGCUAGUAAUAACUGAUAAUACUAGGAGUAUUUUUCAUCUCUCUUGGCAUCCUCCAUGCCAGUUUAGGGAACCAUAAGUCUUCAGAAUUAAAGUUUGGUCUUCUACUUCUACCUAUUAUUUAGUUUGGAUCACAUGUAUAUUUUCCCCUAAUAUUUUAUAAAACGAAGAUUUCUAUCGUUGUUGUUAAGAAAAUGGCUUUUAAGUUUCUUUAAAAAGUAAAUUCAGGCAGUUUGAUCAUAAGUGGAUUUUCUGUUGACACUAGACCUCUAUGGGAGGCCUCUGAAGCAUAGCCAAACCCAUCUGAGAGUGGGAUGAAAAGGAGGGAUCAAUAGGGCACUGGGGUAGGAAACAGGAGUUUGAUUCUUUUGCACAGUUUAGAAGCUGUGUAACCAGGCAAGGCCCAACUGCUCUGAGUGUCAGUUGUCCUUCUGUAAAAUGGAAUAGUGUUACCACAGCAGCCCAAAGGCAAGGACCUGGGCCAGACGAUCACCUGAAGUUCUUUCAGCUCUGUUAUCCAUGGUAUUAGAAAGUGUUCAUUCCACCUAAAUUAUGCCCUCUCCUAAAUUCUUGCUUCCACUUUGUUUUUCAGAUCUGAGAAUUCCUGUACCCAACGACAUAAUUGUUCACAUUCCAUAAGCCAUGGCUGUUAUCUUCUCAAAUUUUAGCAUUAUAACAACAGCUCUUCUAUUCAGGAUAGUGCUGAAGAGGCAUCUAAACUGGAUACAGUGGGCUUCCCUCCUGAUUCUAUUUUUGUCUAUUGUGGCCCUCACUUCUGGAACUGGGACGUCACAGCAUAACCUGGCAGGACAUGGAUUUCAUCACGAUGCCUUCUUCAGCCCAUCCAAUUCCUGCCUUCUUUUCAGAAGUGAGUGUCCCGGAAAAGAGAAUUGCACAGCAAAGGAGUGGACUUUUUCUACAGCUCAGUGGAACACUACAGCCAGGGUUUUCAGUCACAUCCGACUUGGCUUGGGCCAUAUUCUUAUUAUAGUCCAGUGUUUCAUUUCUUCAAUGGCCAAUAUCUAUAAUGAAAAGAUACUGAAAGAGGGGAACCAGCUCACUGAAAGCAUCUUCAUACAGAACAGCAAACUUUAUUUCUUUGGCAUUCUUUUUAACGGGCUGACCCUGGGCCUUCAGAGCAGUAACCGAGAUCAGAUUAAGAACUGUGGGUUUUUUUAUGGACACAAUGCAUUUUCAGUAGCCCUUAUUUUUGUAACUGCAUUCCAAGGCCUCUCGGUGGCUUUUAUUCUGAAGUUCCUGGAUAAUAUGUUUCAUGUCCUGAUGGCCCAGGUCACCACAGUCAUCAUCACAACUGUGUCUGUCCUGGUCUUUGACUUCAGGCCCUCUCUGGAGUUUUUCUUAGAAGCCCCAUCAGUUCUUCUCGCCAUAUUUAUUUAUAACACCAGCAAGCCUCAAGGUCUGGAAUAUGCUCCCAGACAAGAAAGGAUCCGAGAUCUAAGCGGCAGUCUUUGGGAGCGCUCCAGUGGGGAUGGAGAAGAACUGGAAAGACUUACCAAACCCAAGAGUGAUAUUGAGUCAGAUGAAGACACUUUCUAAUUGGUACCCAAAUAGUUGGCAACUCUUAGAAACCUUUUCACUUUUAUAAACCAAGAACAUUUCUGAAGCAUAAAACUCUUUGUGUAUAUCUAACCACUCCAGAAAUAAUUCCAACCAAAGCUUAGAGUACCCAAAGGCCAAAAAGUUCUAAGGAACUGACAUAAGAGUAAUAGCUGGAGACUGCACUGAUGGCCUGGUACUUGGUAGGUCACCAAGAUAUAUUUGCGGAUUAUUUUCCUCAUUCCUCUAAGGUUCCAAAAACUUGUAAUAAUCAUGUUAGCUGUACCUUAUAAAUAUGCAGGUAGAGAUCAGUUUGCCAGAUAUUCAUAAUUAUGUAGUUCUACUGUGCAUGCCAUUGUCUUCCAUUUUUUACCACGACUAUCCCUUGAAUUUUGAGGCCAUGGAGAUAGUCAUUUUAUAACUAAAAAGCAAGGUGACUCUUUCUAAAAAAUGUAGCUGAAGGACCUUAAUAACCAGCCACAACAUUUAUUUAAGAGUAAUUUAGUCUUUGCUAAAGGUUUUGCCAAAGAAGCAAUUUUUCAACAAAAUCUCAGAAUUUUUAUUUUUAGGAAUUUGUAGGGAAUUUGAUUUUUGUGAUUAUCUUUUGAUGUUUUUCUACACAAAUAAGCUUCAGUUUAGGUCAAAGUUGCUUCCCAGUCACACAAUUAUCACUUAAACCAGCCAUGGUGGGUUUUUUCUCCUCAGUUUGACCUCGUUAAUCUUGGAUUACUCUGUUUUGGAGAACUAAUAGGAAGCCAUUUUAUUUUAUUAGUCAUUAAAUAGAACUUACGAUUAUUACAUAUCUUCGUAUCAUGUUCUGUUCCUAAGGGUUGAGACAUUGGCUUCAGAAUCAUGCCAGGUUGUCAGUAAGACUAAUGCUGAAGAGUUCCUUUUAACAGAGUCACUCUGCUAACAAAUGGCUUUUACUGAAGUAUGAAUAAUAUUACUCUAAAAAAAGAAGGUCAGUAAUAAAUAAAGCACUUUAUAGUAACCAUAUUUCACACUUAAACUGCAUGGUAUUUUUUGAGGUAUUUUUGCAUGCAUCCGAUUGAGUCUGUGAGGUAGAGAAUUCAAGUGAUCGGUAAUUUAAAAACAAGGAAACAAGUGACUUGCCCAGGGCCAUACAGCUGGAUUGCAAUAGGAUGAGAGUGGCCUCAGCUAAACAGGCCUGGGUGUUUACAGAGCACCGCACUGUAAAUGUGAGCUUUAAGGUGUCAUUUUCCUGCAGACUGUAUGUACAUCUCUCCUUUCCCCUAAUUUUCAUACAGGUAAACAUAAGAUAAUACUAUUACAUAAUCCAUCUGUGAUAUCUAGAAUAAAACAGCAAGAGUUGGUGGAAAUUUAUAAAUAAAAGAAUUAUUAAACCCA